AUGUUUAAGACAAGAUAUUUAAUAACCAACUAAUUGACUCAUUUCUAAAGAUCAUCAUUCUCAAGUCAACCAUUUGAUUUAGUAGUAAUUGGUGGUGGUCCUGGUGGAUAUGUUGCUGCCAUCAAAGCUGCUCAAUUGGGCUUAAAGACAGCUUGUGUUGAAAAGAGAGGCUCUCUUGGAGGUACUUGCUUGAAUGUAGGCUGCAUUCCAUCUAAAGCUCUUCUGAACAUCAGCCAUAAAUACGAAGAUGCUCACAAAAACUUCAAAGGAUUAGGAAUCAAGGUUGAUAAUCUUGGAGUUGAUUGGGCAUAAGUAUAAAAGAAGAAAGGUGAUAUAGUUGGGUCACUUACUAAAGGAAUUGAAGGUCUCUUUGCCAAAAACAAGGUUUCCUAUUAUAAGGGUUGGGGCAAAUUUGCAUCUAAAAAUGAAAUCACCAUUGAUUUAAAUGACGGAAAGAAGGAGACAAUUACAACUAAGAAUACACUUAUUGCAACAGGUAGUGAACCAACACCCUUCCCAGGUUUAGACUUUGAUGAGAAGAUAGUCAUCUCAAGUACUGGAGCAUUGGCUCUUCAAUAAAUUCCUAAAAAAUUGGUAGUCAUUGGAGGUGGAGUCAUUGGAGUUGAAAUGGCCUCUGUAUAUUAAAGAUUGGGAACAGAAGUUACAGUCGUUGAAUACUUAGACAACAUAUGUGGAGCUAUAGAUCUUGAAGUGUCAAAAGCAUUCUAAAAAAUAUUAACAAAAUAAGGAAUCAAAUUCUUAAUUGGACACAAAGUCUUGGGCGGAAAGAAUCUUGGCAAUGGUGCUGAAGUCACCAUUGAACCAGUCAAAGGUGGUGAUAAAAUCACAUUGACAGCCGAUCACGUUUUAGUGAGCACAGGAAGACGUCCAUAUACAUAAGGAUUAAAUGCUGAAUCUAUUGGUGUGAAGUUAGAUAAUAGAGGCAGAAUUUAAAUCGGACAUAAUUUUACAACUGGUGUAGAUGGUGUCUAUGCUAUUGGAGAUGUUGUUGAAGGUCCCAUGCUUGCCCAUAAAGCAGAAGAAGAAGGUAUUGCAGUUGCUGAAAUACUGACUGGAAAGGUUGGACAUGUCAAUUAUGAUGCCAUCCCAGGAGUCAUUUAUACCAACCCAGAAGUCGCCACCGUUGGAAAAACAGAGGAAGAAUUAAAGAAGGCAGGAGUGCAAUAUGCUAAAGGAUCCUUCCCAUUCUUGGCUAAUUCCAGAGCUAAGGCCAAUGAUGAAAUUGAAGGCUUCAUUAAAGUUUUGACAGAUAAAAAGACAGAUAAAUUGUUGGGAGUUCAUAUUGUGGGACCAAAUGCAGGAGAAAUGAUUGCAGAGGCUGUUUUGGGAAUUGAAUAUGGAGCUGCUUCCGAAGAUCUUGCUAGAACUUGCCAUGCUCAUCCAACAUUAAGUGAAGCUUUAAAGGAAGCAUGUAUGAGUGCUCAUUUCAAACCAAUCCAUAUGUGAAAAAAGGAGUAGAUGAUAAUGAACAGUAUAAAUAUUCAAUAAAUUUUAUUUGAUAGACAUCUCUUUUUC